UGCAGAACAGGCGCUGAUGCCUGGGGCAAAAAAGAAAGGGAGCUAGAGCAGGUCGCCACACGUUAACCAAAAGGUAGCAAGAGCCGCGGAGAGAAGGAAUGUACACCUGGAAAGCGCCAGAAGCUACGCGGCCGCUCGCUCUCCCUCGUCUUCAGCAAUCGCUGCCUCAACCUCUAGCGUUUGCACCCGUCUCCCGCCUCUCCAGUUCUACAACGCCGCGUCAGGUGUCGUGCCGGAACAGAAAGUGCGCCUGUGCGGUGGCGGCCGCGCAGGAGCAGCAGUAGUAGUACUGUACUAUCAUCAUCCUCAGUUACGGUGGUUAAGCGCGGCAGCAGGCGGCUGGGGAGAAAAGUAAGCAGCGGGUAGUGCGCCGGAGGAGGAAGAUGGCGGAGCCGGGGACAACCCGAACGUCUCCCUUGUAUUCGCGGGCUUCAGCUGUAGAUGGAUUUCUGAAGACAGAUGAAAGGCAAAGACUAGCCAGAGAAAGAAGAGAAGAAAGAGAAAAAUAUUUUGCUGCCAGGGAGCAGCAAAUCUUAGAAAAAGAAAGAAGAGCAAAGCUUCAGUAUGAAAAACAAAUAGAAGAAAGAUGGCGGAAGUUGGAGGAGCAGAGACUGAGGGAGGAGCAAAAGAGGGCAGCCGUUGAAGAAAAGAGAAGACGGAAGCUUAGAGAAGAAGAGGUAGGCAGUAUAUUUAUUUGUAUGCAACAUUAUGAUUACUGUAUUUGCUGAGAUAUUGUUUUGGGGGAAAAUACUUGACUGCAAGAUAAUUUCUUAAAUACGUUUUUAAAUCAAUGAUCCCUAAGUACUUAGAAUAUUUGUUUGUUUGAUUAAAUAUAGCUGCCUGCUCAACAUACAAGUCAGGACAACUUCAUCAGUAAACAAUAUAAAAUGA